AUGCGCUACAAUCCUGGAAAGACGAUGCUUCCAGCAGUUGGCAUGAAGGGGGUGUUGCGCAGCGCAUAUUUUGGUUUGGUGCCGAAGGCGUUUUCACCCGUAGUUCACGACCCAAACGAUGACCGCUUUCCUCCACAAAACGUUCCUUUACCGGUAAAAUACGUUAAAUACGGCUUGUUUAAUCAAAUUGCAGGCGAAAGACCAAAAUUGAAACGGUGGGUGCACCUCACAAACGGUUUACAGCGAUGGAGCAGCCUGGAAGUAAAGCGUGCCUUAGCACCCGCUGUCACAGUGCGCCCACCAACCGCAAAGCGGGCUACACCACGAUAAAUCGUGCAAACGUGCUCAUCAGCACGUAGACAUGCAAUAAAACGC